GAUGGAGAGGGAGAGAGAAGAAAGGAAGGGAAGGAAACAGAGAAAGAGGGAGAGAAAAGGAAGGAGUGAAAGAGAGAGUGAGAGAGAGAAAUGGAACGGAGGGCGAAAGAGAGAGGGAGAAGGAAUAAAGGAAACAACAAAAAGCAGGUCCAAAGUGCUCCACAGCUUGCAUCGGCCACCCAGCCUUGUAACAGCCAGGAUGCUCUGCCUCUCACUGGGGGCGGCAGUGAGGCUUCCUGAAGGCGUCCACGUGCGGCCCGUUAGUAGGGUCAGGUUUUGGCUGAAGAGGCUUCAAACGCCGCCGCUAGAGGCAAUUUGUAGAGGCGAGGGGAGAGCCCGGGAGGCCCGCGUUUGCUCCCAGCUACGCGCACUUAACCGUUCAGAGAGCGAGCUCAAAACGACGAGUCGUCCGCCCCCGGGCCCCGGGAAGCGCAGGUCAGGUGCAGAAAGCGGAGCGUGCCCUGCUGCUGCCUCUGCGGAGGCUUCCCUUCGGAAGGGGCGCCGGGCCGAGGGUUCUCCUCCAGCCCCCGGAGGAAUCCAGCGCGCCACACAGAAGAGGGUCGGCGGUAAGCAGAGCUGUGCGCGCUUACACGGGAGCAGCACGUCCCACUGCAUUCGAUGGGGCCGAAUCCGCGUAAACCCAGCCAAGCCUCCUCCACGAUUUUGUCCGCCCGGCCCGGCCCCUUCUCCCCCUGGCGGAGGGGGUCCUCGCCUCCCCUGGGAGUGUCCCUGGCGGCGCGUCAUCCCGACCCCUCCCUGCUUAAAUCACUGCAGCCGCCUCUCCCUCCCGCCCAGCCUCUCGCCUACCCGCACACGGAGAAGGACGAGGAAAGGUUCGCCAGGGGCUGACGGCGCCGCUUGGGUUGCCCCGUCCUGGAGGAGAUGCUCGGCAGGCGGCGAAUCUUCUCGGUGGAGCCGAUCUGGAACCGGGAUCGUGCUUGGAAAUCGGUAGAGAGCAGUGUGGUGUUAACCUCGGUCACUAUGUAUCGGAAGCUGCAGGACCCUCCGCCCGAGUGUGCGCUCGACCGAGAGCUGGCUGGCAAAAUGGACAGGUGGGCUGAGGCCGAGUCCCCAACAGAGCCACCUGCUCACAAGGCCUUGCCCCACACACUGGACUUCUUACCCACAAGUGGACGGCUGCUCAAAUCCGAAUCGGAGGACUCCGGUGUGGAGAUGGCCAGCAGCGAUCACUCUCCUUCGACCCCGGUGGGCUCUGAGAAAAGCUUUUCCCUGGACUUUCUGGAUGGAUUCCAGCCUUCUACAGAAGACCCUCCUCCUUCUCCUCCCCCUCUGCCUCCCCAUCCCAUGCCUCAUGAGAGCUGCCCCAAAGAAGAAGGGCUGGAGGAACCAGGACCUGUCCAGGAUCGUGCCUACCACCGGAAUCUGUCCAUCAGCAAGAAGCUCGCCCAGGUAGUGCAGCGAUCACAGAAGAACCGAGCUGGCCGGAUAUCCAGGCCACUGGGUCAGAGAGCCCGUAGUCUGGUGGACUCGGAAGGAUUUAAAUCCGAUUGUUUGCACCACUCCGUGAAUGUGGACGGAGAAGUGGAUGCUGCUGCUGCUGCUCCUCUGGGAGGAUGUUGGGCUCUCUCUGGCUGCAGCACCCCAGAGGAACAGAGCACUGAAGAAGAGGCACAAGACGGACAUUCGCUUACCAUGCCUGGGCAGGGCCUGCGGUACCUAGAGCACAUCUGCCAGAUGCUGGAGAAGAUUGCCCAGCUGCAACAGGCCAACUUGAGGCUCCAGCAUCAGCAUCGGGUCAUGGAGUGCCAGAUCCGGGCCCAGGAAUCUGGGAAUGAAGGCCUUUCUCAAGAAAGUCCUGUAGGGCCUGAACCAGCUAUGGCGGAGCCCCAGCUAAGAGAUCCAGAAGCCAUGGAAAUGGAGAAGGAGGAGGAGGAGGAGGAUCCCAAUCCGCUAGGCUCCUGGAGUUCCCACCACUUCCGGGCACGAUCCGCCUCGGACACAGGGAACAAGCUCGACUGCUCUAGGAAGGCGGCAGCACACUCUGCCAGUGAACCCAACUUGCUGGAUCAGCCAGACGGGGGCUCCCGCACCUUGCCAUCUGGCAUGAAGCUCAAGAAUGACCACUCGCACUGGGGCAAAGUCAAAGUGCUGAUUAACAGGAUUACGAGGAGGUCUGUGCAGGCUGGUGAGCUGAGCCCCUUUGACGAGCCUUCUCCCAGCAGCAGGCAGUGUCGAGCAGACACUACGGUGGUCGUACAAGAGCAGCCCAGGCGACGGUUUCUACCUACUCUGAGGGCAAAGAAACGGCGGUCAAAACACCUUUCCAUGCGGUGAAGCGGCAGGACCUCUCGGAGACGUGAUGGAUUUAUGAGCCCCACCUCAUCACUGCCCUGAGUGCUAACUUUCUCAUGUGCGCAUCAGAUUCCAGCAUGCUCUGCCUGCUUCAGCAAGGGCCAUGGAGUUUGAAUCUCCUCCGGUGUGAGGGGCAAGAGGGGAAGGGAUUUUCAGGCAAGACCUGGAAUGCAGGAGCCCUCCUCCUUGGGAGCGGAUAGGCUUGAGACUUUCAGCCCUUUCCCUGGCGAGGGGUGAAAAAUGUGCCCGUAUCUUCAGCGGGACGAGGAGAUCCUCUUUGGCCCAAUGCAGACAUCACCCUGGCUCCCCGCAAAACAUGGUUUACAGAUGGGGGGUCAGCUGAAUACAUGUUCUCCCUUGCUUCUCCGGAGCACCCCCCCUCCUCAACUUCUCUUCUUGGUAUUCAAUCUUAGUUUUAUGUUGCAUAUGCAUCCACACACGAACACAAAUCCGGGUUCAGUAUGGCAUUGCAAACCAUGGUUAUAAGGGAACCUGGAUUGCAGUGGCCAUGGUUCGCAGCGGUGCACAUGUUUAGGUGAAGCUAGUUUCUAGUUUGCAAAGCACAGUCUGCAGGGAGCCAGUGUUGUGUCAACACAGAAUCUUAUUGUUAGUUCUCACUAGCCUCACUUUUUCAAUGCACUGCCUUAGGGGCAGAUCUCCCUGACCAUGGUCCUCUGAAGACAGCUAGUUUUAGGUCUGCGACAUGCACCCCCACAGGGUGUGUUUGGCAUUCUAUAAUGUUGUCCUGUCCCUUUUUUGCCCCGGCCCUUCUAGGGGUUAGCCUACAGACUCCGAGUCUUGAACUGGCUUUACCAAGGAUAUUCGAGCACCUGUUAACCCCACAGGACGCUCUCCUCGCUAUUCAGUUCUUUCUGCCCCUUCUUGCCUGGAUCACGGAGCACCCAACCACUGGGUAGCUCUCCCCAGUCUGGCCCCUCAUCACUGGCUGUCGGCUCUAUAUAUAGUCUCGAAGUCUCGCCGACGAUCUUGCGAGAUCGCGGGUUCUCGUUGGAAAUCUCGCAAGAUGUCUCGUUCCAGUGGGACUUCGGGGCAAGAUCUCGCGUACCCGGUUCUGGGCCUCGUGAGAUCUUGCUCGGUGCAGUCAACGAGUCAGCCGACCAGGGGAGCCAGACAGGGCCGAGAACACCCGUAGCCUGGGGGUGAGAACCACUCACCGAGACAGCCUCCAAGCAGCGGAAGAAAGGCCUAUCGCCACCCUCGUGCCAUGCGGUGGCGGCAGAGCCAUGACAAUGGUGUUCUUGUAACCAGGUCCCUACUCUGCUCUCCUGAGAUUUGAGACUGUGCUCUCAUUGGCUAGCUAAGACUGCAGACAUAAGCAUUAGCUUAUGGAGGCUGUAAGUAAGCAAGAAAGAUGGCUCUAAGGAGAAAUUGUUCAUCUUGGGUCUUCUGUCACCCGACCUCCACCAGGAAAUCCCUGUGUCGUAGAAUGUGAAAUCACUUCCUGGUCAUGCUUGACUACUAUUCCAUCCCCCCCCCCGCCACACACACACUUUUUUUUUUUUAAAGACAUGAUUUACACUCUCCUGUUUUCUUUUCUUUUCUUAUGCAUGCAACCGUAUGACUUCACACAUGGGGUGAGCCGUGUAUAUUUAUAUGGCCUAACGGUCACGUGCGUUUGUGAGUGUGCGUGUAUGAGUGUGUGUGUAAAUAUGUAUAUUAUAGAAAAUGGAUGUAUUCACAAGGUGCCUAAAACAGGACAAUAAACUUUUUUUGCAGACUUUUAAAAAAAAUCCUGCUUUGGAAAUAAUGAUGGAGGAAAUUUGCCUGAAAGCCAGUUCAUACAUUCAGCAGAACCCAGUGUUUCUUUGGCUAUUGUGAGAGCUUUAGUCCAAUAACAUUUGGAGACCCAAGACUGAGAAUCCUGACUUCUUCCAUCGUCCUGUUUCAAUGCACUUGAAUUCCUGCGUGCCAAAGAAGUGCAUUCCUGUGACUCUGACUUAGAUUGGUAACACUGCCAUUAUGAUUUUUUUUAAGGAGUUGCAAAACCUGCUCUUAGUGUUUUGUUUUUUUUUAAAAUAUAAAAACUUGGAUAUAUUUGUAAGCAGACUUCUAAAUUUGAUGAGAAUGCUUUCUUUUUCUGAAAUCUUUUUUGCCCCUCUGAAAUGCAAUCCUUGUAUACACAGUUCACAGAAGUGUCUUGGGUUUUCAGCUGCUUUUCCUAGAAAACAGCUACUCUUGAAUAUCCCAUGGAAUGGAAUGUAGCCCUCAUUAGCCAAAUGGCCCUUGGGCGAUGGCUCCGUAACCAAGCUGUAUCCUGGGGUGUUAGGUGUGUUUCACCUUCCGUGGUAAACAAGAGAACCUGUCCCUUUCCUGUCUCAAAGGAGUAUCUGUGGGAGGAGUGUCUAUAAGAUGGCCUGACUUGUGGACGUCUUAUAAUCCAGGCAGUGGGGACUCUUGAAGUUCUUUGCUGGAGCUUGUGAUCGGUGCUUUGUAUUUUGGCACUAGGCUCUGUAUAAACUCUGUUAGGGAUUUGGCAAAGGGAAGGCUCCUUCCAUUUGACUGUGCUCUCCCCCACUCCCCCACUUUCUCUUUGAUGUGCACUAAACAACACCAGGUACUGUUGGAUUUACCUCUGUGAGUAGCUUGGCUAUAAGGAGGACUGGAGAUUUAUCUUGGCUUGUCACAUCAAAUGUUUUCUCAAAACAAGAGACACACUGUGCAUAUCUGGGCUCUGUUUUGUGUACCUUGUUUUAAAUUAAAAAAAUUACACACACA